CACUGAAAGAGUUGCAGGCAGGACGCACAGCGAGCUCAGCUCGGACCUCUUUCGCUUUUAGGCAAACUAACGUCACUUCAGAACUUGUUGCUUGUGUUCAGGCGUUUACAAACCCCUCUGCUUAUAGUCUCAGACGGUUCGCUCUCGUUUUGGACGCACGUGUUCACGAAACGUUUAGCGUCAGUGGAUUUGAUUUUAAGCUAUUUUUUAGUUUUAAGGUGAUACUCCGGUAUCACCACUAACUUCUGUUGGCAGCCAUGUACAGCAUGCUGGAGCACGACAUGAAGUCCGCCGUGCCACCGACGCACCAGAGCGCGCAGGGGAUGACCCAGCUGAACGGUGGAGUGACCCACGGAUCCGCCAAACCGGCUGUCAACAGCCAACAACAGCAGAGUAGCGAUCCUAUGGAUAAAGUUAAAAGGCCCAUGAACGCGUUUAUGGUGUGGUCUCGGGGUCAGAGGCGCAAAAUGGCACAGGAGAACCCAAAAAUGCACAACUCUGAAAUCAGCAAGCGCCUGGGCGCCGAGUGGAAGCUGUUGACGGACGCGGAGAAACGACCCUUUAUUGAUGAAGCCAAGCGGCUCCGCGCGCUGCACAUGAAGGAGUACCCAGAUUACAAAUACAAACCCCGUCGUAAGACGAAGCCCGUGCUGAAAAAGGACAACCCGGCUGCUAAGUAUCCUCUGUCAGCCGGUAACUUACUGGCGGCAGCCGCGGCUCAAGGGUCAGGUGGAAGCCCGAGGAUGGACAGCUACGGCUGGGGUCACACCGGUGGUUACCCCGGCAUGCAGACCGAUGCGCUGGGCUACAGUCAGCAGCUGCACCGCUACGAUUUGUCCGCCCUGCAGUAUCCAUCCGCCAUGGCCACCGCACAGACCUACAUGAAUGGUGCCAACUCCUACAACCCCAUGUCCUAUAGCAGCACUCCACAGCAGCCCAGCCCAGUCAUGUCCAUGGUGAAACCAGAGCAGGUGUCUCACUCUCCCACCGGAGCCCACAGCCACCAGCGGGGUCCUUUACAAGGAGACCUGAGGGACAUGAUUAGCAUGUAUAUCCCUGGAGGAGACACCACAGACAGUGGAGCACAGAGAGGCUACUCUAACAUCCAACAGCAUUACCUCACCGGUACGGCGCCUCUCACACACAUCUGAUCAGGAAACUUUCUUUACCUUCCUGUUUCGGGUCUGGAGAGCCACCGAUGUUGGGUGAAGAUGCGUGAACAUUAACUUGAUACUGUAAAAAAGGAUGAGGGUGUGUGGACACAUGGUCGAACUGGAAAACCCAAGGCAGCUGGACUUCUGGCCUUGUUGAAGUGCCUCAGAAUAUAUUGUGUGGAAUGUGUGUCACCCCUUUCUAUCACAGUUUUUUUUAAGGUCCAUGUCUUUGUUUUCUGUUUAGCAUUCAAUGAUUUUGUCAUUGAGGCCCGGUGCACUGUUGGGACUGCUUGUAGUAGUAAAGUGACACUUUUUUUUCUGUAAUAAACUAGCCGUUGAGUUGAGCCAACCAGUUGACUGGUUGAACAGCUUAUGAUUUGCAUGGUAAACCAGCUAGUUUAAUUUCUCACUGAUUUCAAAGGCAUGGUUGUGAACACUAUAUAGGGAAAGAAGGGAAUGGAGCACACAUUCCCUCAGUCGCUGCUUGUCCUGAUGAUCUAAACACCUCAAAAUGAAUCUCCCAACUUUUAAGCUUUCGUACCAUAAGACUCUGUAACAUUGUGCUGCUCUUCAUUGUUUAGGUAAAUGCAAAAUUUGAAAUGCACAGCGGUUUAGACAUUUUUGUUAGUGUAGGUUCAUGUAUGCCAUGAGGUUCAACAGAUUUUUGUUGCAUUAAAAGUGAAAAAUGAAAUAGAGAUCCCGCUUAGAGGGAUUUGACUGUAUUUUCUAUUAAAAAAGAACAAUUAAUUCUCAACUGCUCUGAGAAAUAGAAGAUUGUGAAUAGAAGAGUUGUGUAAAAAGGGGAGUCAAAACGUUUUGAAUAAUGUUCAUUAAAAAAGAAACCUUUAUGAGCUUGUUAAAAGACUGUUUGACUAAGAAUGUAUUGUUGUGAAAUGUUUUUUUAUUAUUAUUUUACUUUUACGCCCUUAUAGUAAGGGUUAAUAAUCUUGUUUGUGACUUGACAACCUUGACAGAAAAACCACAAAAAAAAUGUAAUAAAGUAUUUUAUUAUUUUUGUA